GUGCAAUGGUAUGACUGGUGUCGACCUCUAUAUGGCGUGAAAGACAUGAAAGCAAUGAAUUGAAUGUUUGAAUUGAGAGCGAGAGUCACGUCAAGCGAUACGCGAUUCAAGCGUUUCGACCAUUUUUUAAAGGGCUGUCGACUCAUAGACUCACUGAUCGAUACAUCACUUGGUUUUGACAUUUGUUUUGUUUAUUACCACUCAAUCACCGCUUCUAUUGAUUUAGUCCACAAUUAGUGGCAUUUAUUCAAUAAUAUCACUGUUUAUACAAUCAAUUCACUAAAUUGUGACCAAAAAUAUCGCCAAAAACUGUAUUUAACGUUAAAUGAGAGACAUUUGGCGCAAAAAAGAGUUGCAAUGAUUUCUGUGUCAAUGUUUACACAGUUUUUGACGCAAUUAUGUAAUCAAUUGUUUGGUUUGAUUGACGGCUAAUGCGAUGCCGUCUUUGAGGCCAUCCCUCCGACGCUCAGCCAAAGCCCGAUUGUCCGCCAAAUUGGGUCACAACUCACGACAUUUGCGGCCAUCCGUUGAGACCAAGACUCCGAGAAUCGGUUCCAGCGAUCGCUUCAGACAUUUGAGUCGUGAGCCAACGGUUCCCGCGAUUAGUACUGAGAAGUCGUGUAAAACUAAGAGACCAUUGAAUCAAAUGAAGACCAGAAGAAGAUGUAAACGAUUUUCGGCCCAAAAGAGCACUCGUUUCACGAAAAUCGCUAAAAUUAAGAAGAAUUUCAACAAAUUGUGUGAAUCUCUCGAUGUUUUGCCACAAUUGAAGCGCAGGAAGAAUGGAUCCAAGAAGUUGUUUACAGUGAAGAAGUCGUUGUUUGAGGCGAUGCCCGUCUUCGGCGGUCACAGCCAUAACAUCGGCGGUAAUGAAGUGUCAGAUCUGAUGAAGAAUUCUCGCAAAACAAAUGCAAAUCAAUUGAAAUGUUUGGAAGAAGUGAAUGACAACAACUCGGAUGAGACCAACAUUUACAGCAAACCCAUUGACUUCUACUGCAAUGAAUCCAUUGAUUCUCAUUGUUUGCCACAAACCAACGGCUAUAUUAACGAUCCGAAUGUUAACCAAUUGAUCCAUAAUUUGAAUGAUAGCAACAAUAAUGAUAUUAAUAGCGAAAAGAGAGUACAAAUAGAUUGCAAUCAAUCAUACGAUUCAUCAUUUCAUUCAUGCCAUCACAACAGCAGCGAAGAGACCACAGAUUGGGAACCAUUAGAUCCCUAUUAUUUUAUUAGAAGUCUACCCCCACUAACACCGGAGAUGCGGUCCCGAUGUCCCGCACUUCCCCUUAAGACGAGGAGUUCACCUGAAUUCACGCUUGUGUUGGAUUUGGACGAGACGUUAGUGCACUGCUCUCUGACCGAGUUGUCGGACGCGACGUUCACUUUUCCCGUCAACUUUCAGGACAACGAGUACAAGAUCUACGUCCGGACGCGACCCUACUUUCUCCACUUCUUGGAGACAGUUUCGCAACUCUUUGAAGUAAUUCUGUUUACGGCCUCUAAAAAGGUUUACGCCGACAAACUCCUCAACCUUUUGGACCCAAACCGCAAACUCGUUAAGUUCCGAUUAUUCCGCGAACACUGUGUCUGUGUUAGCGGUAAUUACAUUAAAGAUCUCAACAUUUUGGGCCGAGAUUUGUCUAAAACUAUAAUUAUCGAUAACUCUCCGCAGGCUUUUGGGUAUCAGUUGGAGAACGGCAUACCAAUUGAGAGCUGGUUUGUGGACAAAAGCGACUCUGAAUUACUUAAACUUUUGCCAUUUCUAGAAAAUCUCGUCUCAUCGAAUGGGGACGUGAGGCCUCACAUAUGCAACAAAUAUCACCAGUCAUGCCAUCAAUUACCACCAAUCGAUUGAUUUCAAUGUGCAAUUAAUUCACACGCAUUUCCAUCUAUUUUUGCUUUCUUCAUAUAUUAUAUUAUAAUAUUAUUUGUUAUAUUUAGUGCGUUAUAUAUAUUAUAUAUUAUUAUUAAUUAUUAUCUGAUUUUAAAGGCCGU